CAACUCUCCCCAACCGUUGCUUCUACUUUUUUAGUUGUUGCAGCUCCGGUUUCUCGUAGCAGAAGUAGGGUUUUAUCAGGGUUUUGACAGGCCGCAACAGAGAGGAUAUUUUUAAUGGGGAAACCUAAUAAAGAUGCGACUUUGCUUGAUGAGGAUGAGGAAAUGAGUGAUCUCAAUGGGGAAGUGUCUGAAUCUGAAUCAGAAUCAGAACUGGAAUCAGAUUCAGAAGAAGAUGAAGACGUGAAAUUAGCUGAACCAUCAAAAAAGGCUGUAUACAACAAAGAGGGUCUUGAGGAAAAACUUCAAGAUAUUAGUUGGCCGGAAAAUGCUGCAUGGAUACACAAGCUGUCCAUCGAUAUUAAUCAAGAGCAAGAAGUGGAUGUGAAUGAUGACUUAAAAAGAGAGGCAUCUUUCUACACACAGGCACUAGAGGGAACAAGGCAUGCCUUUGAGAAGCUUCAGUCAAUGGGAUUACCUUUUGUUAGGCCAGCUGAUUAUUAUGCAGAAAUGAUUAAGACAGAUGCUCACAUGGAGAAGGUAAAACGCCGACUUCUUGCAGAACAGAAAGAGAUUGAGGAGGCUGAAGAGAGAAAGAAGGCCAGAGAGGCCAAGAAGCUAGCUAAAGAGAUUCAGGCCCAGAAGACAAAAGAGAGAGCCAAGCAGAAAAAAGAAGAGAUAGAAUCUGUUAAGAAAUGGAGGAAGCAGAGACAACAAAGUGGGUUUGCUGGAGAUGUAAAUGACGGUGACCUAAGUUUGGCAUUUGAAGAUGGCAAAUCAUUUGAGAGGUCAAGUAAGAGAAGGCCAGGUGUGACUCCAUGGGAUCGGUCAGGAGGGAAGGCGAGACAAAUUGGUGGAAAGUUUAAGAAAGGAAUGGAUAAGAAAAGGAAGGGUAGAGAUUUUAAAGAUUCUAAGUUUGGAUAUGGAGGGAGAAAGGGUAUGAAGAAGCAGAACACCGCAGACUCCACUGAUGAUGUCAGAGGGUCUAGUAAAGGUGGAGUUGCAGGAAACAAGAAACGAAAGGGGUAAUAAGAGUUUCUCAUUGUUGUAGCCCUUGGGAGGGUUUUUGAUUCUUUUGGCCUUUGUAAUCUUUUAUGCCAUGAUGAUUGUGGUGUUCACUUUCUUAAAGUGAAAACUAGUUUGUUUUAAGUUAUUCUAGUUAAUUAAUCCUAAUUACUCACAUGUUUGCU